UUACAAUUAUGAUGUUCAUAAUCAAUAUCAUUACCACCGUCAUCUUGACCGUUACCACAUCAUUAUGUUGAUUCCAAACCUCAGAAAACGUCAUCUAAAGUAGAGAGGAUGUCAGGGAACUGGUGCCAUUUUAGCAAAAGCCAGAAGCAUAAUUUACCAGAAACGAGAACAGGGUGUGGGAGAGAGGAAAAUGCUCUUCUCUGGGCUUAAGAAAAAGAAAGAAAGGAGGGAGGGGAGGGUAAAGAGGAAAGGAGGAAGAAAAGAAAGAAGGGAAAGGGAGGGAGGCAGGAAGCUGUCUUAAUACAUUGAUAAUAUAAAAAUAGAUUGCUUGACCUAAAGAAGGCCAAGAAAAUCCACUGAAUGAAUAGAAAAAUGUGGAAAAGAUAGAAAUCACAGAAGUUAUUAAAAAUUGAAGUUUAUAAAUAACCGAAAUAGCAAAUAAAACCAUGAAAACUGCUUUUAAUUUAAUGAUAAUCAGUAAAAUGUAAGUUUAAGCCAAUUAAGACAUCCUUAUUUAUGCCCAUAAGGAUGACAGGAAAUUAAAAGUGUAAUAUUACCAAGUGCCUGUGAAGAUUUGGGGACUUCUUAUAAAUGGGUGGUGCAAAUAGGAGUUAACUCGACUCCCUGGGAGUCAUAUUUGGCAAUAUCCAGUCAGGUGGAAAAUGUACAUCCCCAAUACUGUUGCACAAUGCUGGAAACCCGGAGCAGGAAAUGAGUUGUUCUUGAAUCGGCCUGAAGUUGAUUCUUUCUCUUCAAUCACCUCACUACCUCCUCUCCACCAACCGUCAGGGUGGGAAGGCGGUCAUACCGGUCCCCCUGCACCAUUUCCUCUCACGUCAGUUCUUCGUGUCCCUGAUCCCCACUUCCACCUUCCCACUGGACAGUACCUUGUAAUUUACUCUCCGCCGCUGGAAUGUCCAUUUGACACAAAGACUUUCUGGGACUGGAAAUGUCCACUACUUCAAAUAAACCAAUCUUAUUUACAGCAAGGCAAUAUUUUUUCUCUAUUUUGGAGAAAAUGGGAGGAUUCCAGAAGGGCAAAUAUGGAACUAUGGCUGAAGGUAGAUCAGAAGAUAACUUGUCUGCAACACCACCAGCAUUGAGGAUUAUCCUAGUGGGCAAAACAGGCUGCGGGAAAAGUGCCACAGGGAACAGCAUCCUUGGCCAGCCCGUGUUUGAGUCCAAGCUGAGGGCCCAGUCAGUGACCAGGACGUGCCAGGUGAAAACAGGAAUAUGGAAAGGGAGGAAAGUCCUGGUGGUUGACACGCCCUCCAUCUUUGAGUCACAGGCUGAUACCCAAGAGCUGUACAAGAACAUUGGGGACUGCUACCUGCUCUCUGCCCCGGGGCCCCACAUCCUGCUUCUGGUGAUCCAGCUGGGGCGUUUCACUGCUCAGGACACAGUGGCCAUCAGGAAGGUGAAAGAGGUCUUUGGGGCAGGGGCCAUGAGACAUGUGGUCAUCCUCUUCACCCACAAAGAGGACUUAGGGGGCCAGGCCCUGGAUGACUAUGUAGCAAACACGGACAACUGUAGCCUGAAAGACCUGGUGCGGGAGUGUGAGAGGAGGUACUGUGCCUUCAACAACUGGGGCUCUGUGGAGGAGCAGAGGCAGCAGCAGGCAGAGCUCCUGGCUGUGAUCGAGAGGCUGGGGAGGGAGCGAGAGGGCUCCUUCCACAGCAAUGACCUCUUCUUGGAUGCCCAGCUGCUCCAAAGAACUGGAGCUGGGGCCUGCCAGGAAGACUACAGGCAGUACCAGGCCAAAGUGGAAUGGCAGGUGGAGAAGCACAGGCAAGAGCUGAGGGAGAACGAGAGUAACUGGGCAUACAAGGCGCUUCUCAGAGUCAAACACUUGAUGCUUUUGCAUUAUGAGAUUUUUGUUUUUCUGUUGUUGUGCAGCAUACUUUUUUUCAUUAUUUUUCUGUUCAUCUUUCAUUACAUUUAAAUCUCUGGACCCUGCAGCACUUCUAACGUAUCACCCCAUGGAGUCAUUGUUCUAAUAAUCACCAAUUCAGACUCACAUCCUCGUGGUCUGUGGAGCACGCUGCUUGCUGUCUGUGCAGCUCCCAUUUCCCCUUCUUCCUGAUAGACUUGGAGUUGUGUGCCUCCACUCCAAGGCUGCCUGCCUGCUGUAAACACUAUUCCACUCUGUCUGCCAACAACUGCUUCAGGAACGGGCCUGAGAUCCCAUGCAGAUCCAUGAGAAGUGAGUAAAAGUCCACAGAGGUGGGGAUGGAAGGUCUCUCCUUAGAUAGAACCUGUCUUCGUCCCUGGCAUUGUGGGGUCUGGGCAUGACACUGGGACUGUCAGCAGCUUUGUGCUGCCAACCUGAGAUUGAAGGCAGUGCCUCAGAGCAGCACAGAGAGUUGGGGCCACCUGAGCCCUGAGCCACCAGCCCUGCAGCCUGCCCUAUCUCUGCAUUUCCAGUUGUGUUAGCCAAUAAAUUUCCUACUUAUUUAAGCUA